GGUGGGUCCUUUGCCACCUUUUCCUCCUUCUCCUUCCUCUCUCUCUCUCUCUCUCUCUGUGUCUCUCUCUGUCUCUUUGUCUGCAGUUUGAUUGAUUAACUUAGGGUUUUCAACAGGGUUUUUGAAGGUUUUUUGAUAGUCAGUGUUGGAUUUACUGGAUUAGUGCUAGUUCCUAUUGCUUGAAAUCUCAUGGACAGAGGAACUCUGGUUUAUCGAUUUACAGCGGAAUGGUGGAACGGCGAGGCGAUUUGUUUAAACAUGUUGAUCAUUCUACAAUUGUUUCAUUAGGUGCUAUGGACCGGGAAAUUAUCGGCGGUCUAAUUAAUAGUGUGUCUCGAUACAUUCACUUAGCUGCUUGCCAGAACAUGAAAUCGGCAACCAUGAAAGGCUUUGGAAAUAUGGUUGGAAUAUUGAAGUUGUUGAAGGUUGUGCUUGAUGAAGUGUUGAAUUCGGAAAUGCUUAUUGAUGAACAACUCAUUGAAGCCGCGGAGAAGUUGGAUGCGAUGGUAAAUGAGGCUAGAGAAAUUAUGGAGAGGCGGCCACAACGGAUGAGUAAAAUAUGCAGUGUAUUACAAACUGAGUCGAUAAUGUUAAAGGCCCGAAAUUUUUCAUUGGAGAUAUGCGAUGCACUUAGUAAAUUACAGGAGUCAUCUUCUUUCUCAUCGAAUUCAUCAAGCAUUCAGCAAUGUAUGCAGGAACUUCAAAGUGUGGAACAAGGCCAAACAUCAGAACUCAUUGAAAUAGCUCUGAAAGAUGAAUGCGAAAUUGUGACACCUAGCCUUGAAGAUAUUUUAAAGAUAAUGGAAAACCUUGGUUUGACAUCAAACCGGGAACUCCUAAUGGAAAGUAUAGCUCUUGAAAAGGAAAGAAUCAGAGCGGAACUUAAGAAGAAGACCGAGUAUUCUGACCACAUCUACCAAAUUAUCAGGCUUGUCUCUCACUUUCGACAUUGCAUGGCAAAUAUAGAGCAGCUUGGGUUUUUAAAUGGCAAACCGAUCCCUUCUUAUUUCCGGUGCCCUCUCUCAUUAGAGCUUAUGGUGGACCCGGUAAUUGUGGCCUCAGGACAGACAUACGAACGAUCUUUCAUACAGAAAUGGCUCGACAAUGGCCUGAGAAUUUGUCCAAAUACCCGACAACCGCUUGAUCACAUCAAUCUGAUUCAGAAUUUCACAGUUAAGGCAUUGAUUGCAAAUUGGUGUGAGGAGAAUAACAUUAAAUUAUCUGAUUCUAUUCAGUCGGAAAUUAUCUCUCUUCCGUUCUCUCCUACAGGGGGAGCUCCAGAAGAAUUAAGCCCUGGGAAUAGCUUUCGAGAUUCACUGCACAGAGUUUCGAGUUCAAGAUCGUCUCUUGAGUAUGUUAAAUCCGAAGAACAGUCUUUCUUUGCUAAGCAUCAUCAGUUAAUGUCUGAUAAGGAAGUUGUGCAGCAUUGUGGUUUGGCAAACCAGCAGAGCUGCUGCCAUAGCAAGAGUGAAUCUAUUUCGAGUACCAUUUCUAGCAUUGAUAUACCGAGCAAGUUUGAUGAGAAGGUGAGCUUGUCUGAAGAAAUCAACUAUACUUCUCCAUGGCCUUCAAAAGAUCAGCUCAACAACCCCAAGAAUAUACACAACAAUGGUACCGGAACUCAUGCCCAAGUUCAGAAAUUAGUUGAGGAUUUAAAGAGUCGGGUUUCUGAAGUACAGACAGCUGCUGCAUCUGAGCUUAGACUUCUAGCAAAGAACGAUAAAGAUAAUCGUAAUUUGAUUGCAGAAUGCGGGGCAAUUCCACCAUUGGUUUCUUUGCUUUACUCGAAGAUAAAACGCGUUCAAGAAAAUGCCGUUACGGCAUUACUGAACUUGUCCAUCAAUGACAACAAUAAAAUACUCAUAGCAGAAGCGGGAGCGAUCGAACCUCUCAUCCAAGUACUGGAAUCUGGAAACAAUGAGGCCAAGGAGAAUGCAGCAGCAACUUUGUUCAGUCUCUCAGUCUUGGAAGAGUACAAAAUUAAAAUCGGUCGAACAAAUGCAGUAAAGGCACUUGUUUAUCUGUUAGGCUUCGGAAGCCUAAGAGGAAAGAAGGAUGCAGCUGCAGCAUUAUUCAAUCUAUCUAUCUAUCAUGAGAACAAAGCGCGAAUAGUCAAAGCCGGUGCCGUGAAGUAUCUUGUCGAGAUGCUGGAUCCGAAUACAGGAAUGGCUGAUAAGUCUGUGGCUCUUUUAACGAAUAUAUCAACAAUCCCCGAAGGUCGUUCAGCUAUAGCUCAGGAAGGCGGUAUUCCUUUGCUAGUCGACACAAUGGAAACAGGAUCACAGCGAGGAAAGGAGAAUGCCGCGUCGGCAUUGUACCAGUUGUGUAUAAACAGCCAGAAAUUAUGCAGUAUAGUGCUGCAAGAAGGAGCUGUGCCACCUCUGAUUGCACUGUCUCAAUUUGGUACACCAAGAGCAAAAGAGAAGGCACAACAAAUUCUCAGCCAUUUUAGAAGCCAAAGAGCUGGGGUCAUGGGAAAGGUGAAAACAUAGAAUCCAUGUAUUUCAGUCAAUCUCCAUGAACAUAUAUAUAUAUAUAUAUAUGAUGUUUGUAUUACCUUGUUUCUACAACAUCAUGCAUAGUUUCUUUUCUUUUCUUUUCAUUUCAUUUCUUUUUCUAAUAUAUAUAUAUAUAUAUUAUAGUUUUGCUUGGGUAUUGUUUGAAUUUAAGGGAGCACUUGUUAAUGAGAAUGUGUAGUGUUUUGCAUACUUGUA